AUGGGAAGAGGCCCCCUUCCUGCAGGGGGUAGUGGGGGUGGAGCCGCCGCUACCGCCGCUGCUGCUUUUGGCGGUGCUCCUAAUGUUGGAGCUCAAUCUGGACUCUCACCUAACACUGGUUAUGAUGCACAAAGAGCUGCUGGUGGACCUGGUUAUGAUAUACAGCGAGUAGCUGGUGGACCUAGCUAUGAUUCGCAGAGAGGAGCCGGUGGACCUGGAUAUGAUGCACAGAAAGGACCUGGAUAUGAUGUGCAUAGAGGACCCAGUUACGAUAUGCAGAGGGGACCCGGCUACGAUGUGCAGAGGGCACCUGGCUACGAUGCACAGAAGGGACCUGGAUAUGACGUCCAGACGGUACCUGGCUACGAUGCGCAGAGGGGACCCAGCUAUGAUGUACAGAGAGGAUCCAGUUAUGACACCCAUAAACUUACUGGUUAUGAUGGACAGAGAGGACCCGUUUAUGAUGCACAGAGUGGACCUGGAUAUGAGACACAAAGAGGACCAGGUUAUGAUCCACAGAGAGGACCCAAUUAUGAUACCUCAAAGGGAACUGGCUAUGAUGCAUCAUCCAGAGGUGCUGUUGGACCUCAAGGUCAGGUAGCACCUGCAAACAACGCACUUUAUGGAUCUGCAACAAUGCCUACUCUCGCUGGAAGUGGUUAUGAGGCAGCACCACGAGGCGGGAACCCUGUUCGUAGAUGA